AUGCAUGUUUGGUCCUUUGAAAUAGGUCUUUUGGAGCAUUAUGGGACACAAGGAGCAUGGAGGGACUUGGCACAUGGAAGCAGCUCAACUGGAUACGCAAAGGAAGAAGGGAGAAGCCAUCUUGAAGACCAGCUCGACCGUCCACUCGACCAACCGGUCGAGUUCCUCAACUCGACCGGCCAAGCUUCAACUCGAUCGAGCUGGAAGUCAAAGUCAAACCCGAAAAAUGUUGCUUCCCCCUUGACUUUCCUUUGA